AACAAAAAUGUGAAAAAGAAAAAAGAAAAAAAGAAAAAGGUUAAUGAAAAAGAAGCUGCACCAGCAAGGUAGAUUUGUGUGAGGAAAUUUGCACCGCAUCUCCUCUCUUUUGCAGUUAGAUACGGUUUUAUGCACUACUAACUAAAGUCGCGGUUUAGCGCUUCAUUUUAACAGCGAUUUCUCACCCAAAGCGACCUGUGGUGAAAUCUAAUCAAACCGGAUACAGAAUUUCACGAUUUCUGAAUCAAACACUCUUAUCUUUACCACUUGUACCAACCCAUCAGCAUUUGCAACUUAGCUCGAAACUCUGCAAAAUCAAAACCGAAGAAGCUUGAAGUAUAACUGGGGCCCUUCAUUUGUUGAGCUGAGGAGAAGGGCCUGAGAAUUGGGAGGAGAAAUGGACGAUUACACGCGAGAAAUGAUGGAUUUGAAAACCCUAGUUACACGUACUCUCGAGAAGAAAGGCGUUCUUGCCAAGAUCCGUGCUGAACUGAGAGCUAGUGUAUUUGAAGCGAUAGAAGAAGAGGAUAGGGUAAUAGAGAAAGACGAUGGGCUGCCUCCUGCCCUUCUGGGUAGUUGCAAUGAUCGUGCAAAGCAGCUCCACAACUCUCCUUCUGGAAGACUUCUAACUGCAUUGAUAUGUGAAUAUCUAGAUUGGGCUCAAUUAAACCAUACCUUGAAAGUUUACUUACCAGAGUGCAAUUUGCCAAAGGAUUCCUGGAAAUCAGAAUUAAGAGACUUUAGCAGCAAAAAUGGAUAUGACCUUAAUCGGAAUGGAGACAGUGGACCUUUGCUUUUGGACGUUCUUGAGGGGUUCCUGAAGUAUGAGAAUUUAUCACAAGGAAGGGGUAGCAACAGGAGAUCGACUACUCCAGAUGCCGACUCUCUAUCAAACAUUGAUGCUAGAAACAUGAGGAGGCCUUCACCAUCAUCUGUUGCUGGCGGUUUACCUCCAUUAGGAAGGGCACUUCCUGCUUCACAACCAUCUGAUCGUCGAGCUGGGUCAUCUACAUCUGGCUAUAGGAAAGACGAAUACAGUUGGAGAUAUGAUAAUGACGAACUUCCAGAAGAUGUAGGCCGGGCUUCAGCUGCAUUGGAAAAUCUUCAGUUGGAUAGAAAAGCUCGUAAUUUAACCAGCUCUUGGAGGCAUGCUGGAGAUGGAAUGUCUGAGGAAACCAGCUGAGCAGACCACAUGUAACCGCUCGAUCGACAUAGUCUGUUGGUCCAACAAUGUGCCAAUUGAUUCUAUGUAAGAUCAAUAUGUGUUUUUUGUAUUUUGUGAUGUAGUGGUUUAUUGAAAGCUUUCUUUCUUUUCCUGUUACCUUAAAUUUUUACUUUUUCUAAUCCUAGUCUGGUUUCUUCUUAUUUCAUUUUUUUUUACCUUGUUCUUUUUUGUCGUUAAAAUUGUUAGUUUCAGGAUUAUAAUCCUGUAGGGUGUGCCGAUUGUAUCAACACUUUACUGAUUAUUGUUUGAGCUAAUGUAAGGCCUAUUCUAAGUUGCUCA